AUGUCUUCAGCUGCUGGGCUGCAUUUCAGACCUCCACCAAUCGUUGAGUGUAUCACGCAAGGCCGCUGUCUCGGCAUUGGGCGGAAAAUAUUCAAUCCUCACCAGAUCUGCACCAACUGUCUUACUCGACACGACCCCCAACAGCUACGCACGUGGGCCAACAACAACCGUACACUGCUUGCUCUCAUCGACGAAGAGGUUGGUCGCAAGUAUACUGUUAAGUAUAAUAUCGAAGCACACGGUCGCUUUCUCUGCGCCUUCGAAGACCCAGACUUCCGGUACUGCAGGUGGCGACGGCGUGACCUAAACCUUCGAGGAACCCGUCUCACCUGCAAAAUCGUUCGCAGGAAGGGGACUGCCUGUGCAGAGUGUUGGAGAAGGCAUCUGCAGAAGAUUGGUAUCGUACAAUACUUUACGCCAACUGGGUUAUGUCAUGAAGAGGCGGACAAGGUUGUGUCGUCGAGGCUGCUACCUAGGCUUGGGCCACCACCGAUGCUUGGGCCGCCACCGAAGCCUCACUGCGCUUUUGGAGCUGCCUGCAAUUCUCGACCAGAAGGCCAUGAAAGAGGUCCGGAUAUCUGCGCCUGGUGUAGAAACAUGAGCUUCGAUGCUCUAUACGAGCAAGCAGCGUCUCACCCUUACCGACGCCAUCUGAAUCGUCUCAUUAACGCUUACAUGCACCAACUAGAUCAUGACAGCAACGAAAGGAUCAGCAAAGGGUGGUCCUAUCUCUGUGCCAGCAAGGACCCGGAAUAUCGUUUCGACGCGUGGCGGCGCAGCUUUAAUCCUAAGGAUGUUCGACUGUGUGGCACAGUGCGGCACCGCGGUCAACUUUGCGCGCGCUGCCACCACAAGGCUCAGGAGCAGGGUUGCUCUUGGUUGGCGGAAUUCGACGGAGAUCGACUCGGGUUUCCCUGUGUAUUUGACGAUGCUCGGCUUAAUAGACCAGUCGACCGCAACUGGAGGGUUGGACCACUGGAUGAGCAGGGCCAGCCUGAUCCACACUGGGAGAAGGAUCCUCAGAGACAUGGCCGGUGUGGUAGGAGAAGAGAGAAGAAUAGCGUGUGUCAGCGAUGCUUCAAUCGCAUGUGCGAGAUCAGGGGAUUUGGAAGAUACUUUGAUGCUGAAUGGGGGACACUACGCCAAAGCUUUGGACUGUAACAAAUGGAAAAUGGUGCCAGAGGCACCCAAUGUCUGUACACCUGAGCAGGAGCUAGGAAGAACCAAUGCGCAGGCAUCAAUCGCAAACCAACAUGAGCCUUCUCUUCACUUCCCUUACAACCGACGUAAGACUUCCCGAGCCAAAACUCCCCAGAUCCUACUUCGAUUCCCAAGUCAGUUCUCAGAGGUUCAAGAUCGCGCAGCCAAAGUGACGUCAGAAAGGGAAGAUAACAUUCGAACUCUUCUCAAGACGGAUCCUAGGCUCUCGGCUGACUCUGACUUUAGAUUAGGGAUGAGGAUUGCGGCACCAACCAAGUCAGAC